AGUACGGGACAUCCACAGCAUUCUGUCCGACCACGAACAGAAUCGUUCUCUGUUCAGCUAAAAUUGCAUCGAAUUUGAGCAAAAAUUAACAUCUCGGCUUUAGUUUUUGUCAUUUAGCCAACUCUAAAAUGGCACCCAACAUGGCGCCGACACCGGAUAAUUCGGAAUGCACAGUGCAACCGUUGGAUCCACUGCCGGAAAAGAAGCAGGAAUACAAGGUGAACAUAGUUUGGAGGAAUGUCGCACUCUUUGCUUACCUACAUUUAGCAGCUGUUUAUGGACUUUAUCUGAUGUUAUUUGAGGCAAAGUGGCUUACUGUUUUCUUCGCCCUAGUUUUGUACAAGCUAUCCGCGUUGGGUAUCACAGCCGGAGCUCACAGGCUUUGGGCGCACAAAUCCUACAAGGCGAAACUACCUUUGAAGGUGUUCUUGGUCGCUAUCAACACAUUGGCCUUUCAGAACCACGUGAUCGAAUGGGCGAGAGACCACAGGGUGCACCACAAGUUUUCCGAGACGGACGCAGAUCCUCACAAUGCCACGCGGGGGUUCUUUUUCUCUCACAUCGGUUGGCUACUUUGCAGGAAACACCCGGAGCUGAAGGAAAAGGGCAAGCUAAUCGACAUAUCCGAUCUUGAAAACGAUCCAGUCCUCGCAUUCCAAAAAAAGUACUACCUGAUUUUAAUGCCGUUGACAUGUUUCUUGUUCCCAACCCUGAUGCCGAUGUACAUGUGGGGAGAGUCGUUGAAAUGUUCCUGGUUCACGGCGACGAUGUUCCGCUAUGCUUUGACGCUGAACGUCACCUGGUUGGUCAACAGCGCAGCACAUAUGUGGGGCCAGAAGCCGUACGACGCGUCUAUAAGCCCGGUGGAAAAUUUGGCCGUGUCUCUCGGCGCUGCAGGCGAAGGCUGGCACAACUACCACCACGUUUUCCCAUGGGACUAUAAGGCGGCCGAGUUGGGCAACUACAGGGCGAAUACGACGACGGCCCUCAUCGACCUUAUGGCGAAGAUCGGCUGGGCUUACGAUUUGAAAACCGUCCCUCCAGAGAUCGUCGAAAAAAGGAGCCAGAGGACCGGAGACGGCACCAGGCCUCUGUGGGGAUGGGGUGACAAAGACAUGACACAGGAAGAUGCAGAAGGAACCGUUCAACUUUUAAAUACAAAGUGCAAAUGAAAUUCCUUGUAGCCACCACCAAAGGUAGUCUCGAAUUUAGCCCAUCGUAUACCAAUAAAAAAAAAAGAAAUAUCUCUUUUAUAAUUUAUAUAAUUUUGUAAAUUUAAUUUUGAUCUGCGUCGGAGGUUUUUUUGUUCGUUCCUGGAGUUAUUUACAAAAAUGUGUACAUCUAGUCUAUUAAGAAACAUCCUCAACAAACUAUCUAUACGAACCGUUAGAUAUACUUUGCAUCAGAUUUUUAUUUUUAAAGUUUGAUUUAUCUUUACUUUACAAUAUUACCAAAGCCUUUUGUUGCAUUAUUUUGUGAAUUGUUUAGAAACCGUACACAUUUGAAAAACCUAGGUUCUUCUGUUAUUCUUAAGAAUAAAUUUUAAUUUAAUUUUGCGUUUGAUUGUGUACAACAGCUUAAAUCAUAUUUUUUGUAAUAAUAAAUUGUAAACAAAUUUCGUAAUAAUACUUAUUAAAUAGCGCAUGGAAGCAAUAUUCUGUGUUUAGUAUCUUCAUGUUAUAUAAUCAUAUUUAUUUUGAUGUUUAUUAGACAGGUGUAAUGUUUAUUAUUUCAAGAUUUCGUUGCUUAAUUUUAAAGCAGUUGGAUUAUGAAUCUGUUAUAAUUGUUAUUUCAGACACAAUUUUUUGGUGUAUCCUCUAUGAAACUAUCUAAUGAACAAAACUAAAAAAAAUGGUACAUUGAUUGUUAUACGACCUACUAUUUUAAAUGCCUUAAUUUUCUUAAGAUAAGUGUGACACCAUGGAAACUGUGUAAAACAUUGUUUGGCCAAUAAAAACAAAUUAUAUACGUUA